AAAGAAGGCGAGUCCGACACCUGUUCACCUCUCGUCCGUAUAUAAGCAAACCCAAGCCCCCAAACGGAAACACGAUCCACCGACUUGCUCCAGGUCCAGGCGACGAAUCCUCCAACCGCCGCCGCCGCCAUGAGCGCCAUGAAGUUCUGCCGCGAGUGCAACAACAUCCUGUACCCCAAGGAGGAGAAGGACAGGCGCGUGCUCCUCUUCGCCUGCCGCAACUGCGAGCACCAGGAGGUGUCCGACAAUACCUGUGUCUAUCGCAAUGAGGUGCACCAUGCUGCCACGGAGCGUACGCAGGUCUUGCAGGAUGUAGCUUCUGACCCCACUCUUCCACGGACCAAGUCAGUCCGCUGCACUGCCUGCGGUCACGGCGAGGCUGUUUACUUCCAGGCUACAGCAAGAGGAGAGGAGGGGAUGACUCUGUUCUACGUGUGCUGCAACCUCUCCUGUGGUAAUCGGUGGAGGGAAUGAACGGCUCGCAUCUCCUGCAGAGAUACCAACCCGUGCCAUUAAGGCAGCUUAUUAACCAGGAUCUGGAAUUUAGUCUCAUCUAGCAGUCUUUUUAGAGUACAGAACUGAUCUUGUUAAACAUAUGUUGUGAUUGUGGUACUUGCUCGGGACAAAUGUGUUUGGAAAUCUGUAUGCCCCCUUAUCACAUUUGAUAGAUCGAUUGUUUCUAGCA